UGUGGGAGGAAACCGGAGCACCCAGAAGAAACCCAGGUGGCCACAGGGAGAACGUGCAAAAUCCACACAGGCCGAAGUGCCUGUUUCCACGCUGUACGAGUCCAUGACUCUAGGUUGAUUAGUUUAGUUUAGUUUAUUGUCACGUGUAUAGGUACAGUCACAUGUACAGUGACAAGCUUUUGUUGCGAGCUAACCAGUCAGCAGAAAGACAAUGCAUGAUUACAAUCGAGCCAUUCACAAUACAUACAAACAGGAUAAAGGGAAUAACGUUUAGUACAGGGUAAAGCGAUCAAAGAAAGUCCAAGGGUCUCGAAUGAAAGAGAUAGUAGCUCAGGACUGCUCUCUAGUUGUUGAUGGGAUGGUUCAGUUUUCUGAUAACACUGGGAAGAAACUGUCUCUGAAUCAGGAGGUGUGCAUUUUCACACUUCUUUUCCUUUUGCCCGAUGGGAGAGGGGAGAAGAGGGAGUGACCAGGAUGCUACUCAUCCUUGAUUAUACUGGUGGCCUUUGCCGAGGCAGCGUGCGGAGUAAAUGGAGUCAAUGGCAGGAGGUUGGUUUGUGUGAUGGUCAGGGCUGCGUCCACAAUUCUCUGCAAUUUCUUGUGGUCUUGGAUGGAGCUGUUCCCAAACCAUGUUGUAAUGCAUCCCGUUAAAAUGCUUUCUAUUGCGCAUCUGUAGUUGAUGAGAGUUGUUGGGGACAUGCGCAUGGAUAUACAGGUUAGGAUUGAACACAGGUGACUGGCACUAUGAGGCAGCGGCUCUACCAGCUGCACCACUGAAUCUGAGCCGCUGAGUUCCUCAAGAUUCCAGAAUCUGUGGUUUCUUGGUUGCUUCCUGUUCUCUGAGACCCAGACAUCAGUUCCCCUCACCGUGGGGAUAGCAGCAACACAGUCGUUCAGCACCACCUCACAAAACAGCAGCUCACCAACUAUGGGCAGGACUAACGAGAGAAGACGCCAAUGGAAGCCAAUACGCAGUGGACAAUUUAGGUGAGAGGGACAAAGUUUCAAGGAGAUGUGCCAGGCAGGUAUUUUACACAGAGGUCAGGAUCAAAACUGGAGCGUUACGAGGAUGAUGGGUAAUCUUAUAGCCUUGUACUAGAUCGUGAGAGGAAGAGAUUGGGUAAAUGUACAACGUCUCUUGCCCAGAGUAUGGGAAUCAAGAACCAGAUGCCAUGGGUUUAAGUUGAGGGGGGAACAAUUUAAUAGGGGGGGCAACGUUUUUACACAAAGGGUGGUGGGUGUAUGAAACGAGCUGCUCCGCGGAGGAGGUAAUCGAGGCAGGUGCUAUCAUAACAUUUAUAAUAAUAAUAAUAAUAAUAAUCUUAUUUAUAUAGCACAUUUUCAGUCAACUUGCAUUGACCCCAAAGUGCUUCACAUAAUUACAUUACAUUACACACAGGCAAAGGUGGGUGAAGUGUCUUGCCCCAAGGACACAACGACAGUAUGCACUCCAAGCGGGAUUCGAACCGGCUACCUUCCAGUCGCCAGCCGAACACUUAGCCCAUUGUGCCAUCUGUCGUCCCAUUUAAAAAACAUUUGGACAGAUACAUGGAUAGGAUAGGUGUAGAGGGAUAUGGGCCAAAUGCAGGCAGGUGGGACUAGUGUAGAUGGGCAUGUUGGUCAGCAUAGGCAGGUAGGGCCGAAGGGCCUGUUCCCAUGCUGUAUUACUCUAUGGUUGAUGGGUGCCUAAAAAGCGCUGCCUGGGUUAGUAGUGGAGGCAGAUAUGAUAGUGACAUGUAAGACACUUUUGGAUAGCACAUGGAUAUGCAGGGAUUGCAUGGAUACGGAUCACGUGCAGGCAGAGGUUAUUAAUUUAACUUGGCAUCAUGUUUGACACCGACAUGGAACAGGCUGCCAGAGGAGGUAGUUGAGGCAGGUACUAUAACAGCAUUUAAAAGACACAUGGGCCGGUACAUAGAUAGGAUAAGCUUAGAGAGAUAUGGGCCAAACAUGGGUAUGUUAGUUGGGGCAUCCUGGUUACCAUGGACGUGUUGGCCUAAUUCUGUGUUGUAUAACUCUAUGAUUGAUGUUUUUGUUUUGGACCGGAAAAGUCACCGAUGCAUGUUCUCCAGAAACGCUCAGCUACUCCAGUAUUUUGUGUCUUUUUUUUUAACCACUGGCUUAGUCUUUGCACACUGCCCUGUGGCUGAAAGGGUUAACUCAAAGCUGUGGAUCUUUUAUAAAAGGUUCCAAGGUGCCAGAACAAGAUAUACCAGUUUUGGGAGGGUGCAAGAGCAGAAGACAGCAAGAUCCGUUUGUCCGUGGCUGCCGGUGUUACUGAGCUUUGUGCCCAGCUCACUCGGGACAUCAAGGGCCACAUAUCAACAGUCCUACAGCAUUUAGGUUCUGAAACAUGAAGCUGCUUUGGGCAAUGUCCAUCUACCAAGUGGCCAUCAUCCUACUGCUGAUUGCCUCUCGAUGCUCCUGCAAGGAAUGCUCUGUUACCGAGCAUGAAAUCAACCCCCUCCUGCAGAGGUUGAUCCGGAUUGCAACGAAUUUGGAUCAAGAGCCGGACCCUGCCACCUUUCUCGCCCUUCGCCUCGCCAGACGCCACAACCUGCAAAUUGAAAAACAACUUCUGGAUCAGCUCAAAAAGACCAUCGUUGACAAAGUGACCAAAGGAGAGGAUGUGCCCUUUUACCUGACGGUCCGCUACGCAUUGGCUUUUCGGUCGGCCUGCCUCAACCCAGCCAGCAUCUCGCACAAUACGAAAAAUGUGGACCUAGUGAAAAUGGUCAAAGACAAGCUGGAUCUGGAAAUCAGAAACAUAGAAGCCAAAGGACAACCCCUGACGGACUUCUACCAGAUCUCUUCAGCAAUCCUAGUACUCUGCUUCGAAGAGAAAAAUGCCCCAACUUACAUUGUGCAGGACAUCAUUUAUAGGGCUCUGAGAAGGCAGGCCCCGUUCAUAACGCCAGUCGAUAUCAAUGCUGCCUCCAUGACUGUCCUCGCUUUCACUUGCUUGCAUCGCAUACCAUUCAAGUCGAUCGCCAGUCUGUGGAUUGAAAGGGCCAUCGUGCGCUUGCUUCUUAUAAUCCUCAGCUAUCAGGGGAAGAAUAAUCUCUUUGCGACAGUCUGCGCCACUCCCCUUGCUGUUCAGGUAUUUUGGUCCUGGAUUAAAGUUGAAAAUAAUAUGAAGACUAAGAGAUGUAGUCCAUGAUGAAGGAUUUGUUCUUUAUGCAGAAUAAUUGUUCUUUGCUUUGAAUAAAUAUCAGCACAAAAAUCUUUUUUCAAAUCAAUU